AUCAUGUUCGUGUGAAGAUAUGUAUGUGGAUUUAUUGAAAAUAUUUCAUUUACUGAGGUUGAUUCAAAGCUAAAACUUUUGAGAUGUUUGUUAAAUUUGUUGUUUUAUUGUGCUGCUUGAUGUCAGUCUAUGGCGAUGCGAGAGUUGCUGUAGCUAAUCUGGUUUCUUUGAAUGCUACUGGGAGCAUAUAUUUCACUGAGACGGAUGGCGGUUUGCGAGUUCAGGGUAAGAUAACAGGUCUUAAACCCGGAUUAUAUGGAUUCCAUGUACACGAACUUGGAGAUACCAGCACGUGCGACGCCACGGGACCUCACUUUAACCCUGAUGGAACCAAUCACGGCGAUAGAGUGCAUGACGUACGACAUGUUGGUGAUUUAGGGAAUGUGGAGUUCGUGUCAAAUGUUACUGAAAACGUUGCUGUGGUGGAUUUUGUAGAUGGACUUAUAUCACUACACGGACGGAACAGCAUUUUGGGAAGAGCAUUAGUUCUUCAUGAACAGAAAGACGAUUUAGGUCUUGGUGGACACAACACUUCCUUGACCACGGGAAAUGCAGGGGCAAGGCUGGCGUGCAGUACUAUCGGGAUUCACUCCGGGAAUUGGAAUUCCGGGAUAUCCAUACAUCCCUCCGUAUUGCUGCUUGUCUAUGGAUUAUUUAUAAUUUAUUUUAAAUAUUAGUUUUUGUUACCUGUUU